AUUCUAAAUGGAAUUAUUUGAAUUUAAAGCAAAUAGAAGUACGUCGGGGCGGGCUACGAAUGGCCAAAAGAGGCGGUUACUGCACUUAAUGCAGCAGCACCGCAGCGUUGGAAGGGGCCAAUACACGAAACCAAACGCGAGGAAGGAGCACGAAGAGGUUUGGGCUGCCGUUGCUGCUGAGUUAAACGCAUUGGGAGGGUCCCACAAGUCCCCUAAUCAGUGGAAAAAGUGUUGGAUAGACUGGAAAUCGGCAGUCAAGAAGCUGCACAAUGCCCACAGAGCGUUCGCCAGACGAACUGGCAACCUGCCGCUGCAGGACGGUCCAAAACCGUUGGAUGCCAUGGACCGGGAAAUUCUUGGGUUUUUUUCCAGCGACAUGGUGGACGGUGAUGGGCUCACUCCCGAAAUUGGUUUGUCGACAACUGCUGAAAUGGUCGAUGUUACCAUUGAGGAUGAGGGUGAUGCUACUGCCAACAUUGGGUUGGACGUAAGUAACAUAUUACAAAACUAAAAACUAAGCUAUUUAGUGAUCCGAUCGGAAUUCUAGGCAAACGUGGACAGUUUGGACAUCUUCGAAGUGGAGGCAC